AUGGCGACCCAGAGCAUCGUCGACCAGCUCGAGCAGCUCAAGCUCCAGCCCUACCCCAACUGCUACCCCCACGUCAACCCCUUCGACAUCUACCGUUCCCACAUCACGACCCUCCUCCAGCCCAUCACCGGCGUCGACGCCUCCAUCAUCUACAAUGCCCUCCAAUGGACCGCAACCCUCGACAAGGGCGAUCUCGUCCUCGCCGUCCCUGCUCUCCGCGUCAAGGGUAAGAAGCCCGACCAGUUCGCCCAGGAGAUUGUCGCCCAGUGGCCCGGCUCAGACCUCAUCGAGACACCCACGGCCUUUGGCCCCUUUAUGCAGUUCUUCUUCAAGACGGGGCCUCUGACCAAGACCCUCAUCCCCAUGGCCCGCACCCUCGGCCCCGACUUUGGCAAGAACAGUGCCAACGGCCUCCGCGACCCCUCCGACCCCUCCAAGAGCAAGAAGCGCAUCGUCGUCGAGUUCUCCUCCCCCAACAUUGCCAAGCCUUUCCACGCCGGCCACCUCCGCAGCACAAUCAUUGGUGGCUUCCUCGCCAAGCUGUACGAUGGCGCCGGCUGGGACGUCAAGCGCAUCAACUACCUCGGCGACUGGGGCAAGCAGUACGGCCUGCUCGCCCUCGGCUUCGAAAAGUACGGCAACAACGAGGACCUCGAGAAGGACCCCAUCAACCACCUGUUCAUGGUCUACGUCAAGAUCAACCAGGACGUCGCCGCCGAGAAGGAGCAGGCCGAGGCCCUCACCAAGGAGGGCAAGACAGAGGAGGCCCAGAAGAUCAAGGACACCGGCCUGGAUGAGCAAGCUCGCAAGUACUUCAAGGCCAUGACGGAGCAGGAGCCCAAGGCCAUCGAGCAGUGGCGCAAGUUCCGCGCCCUCAGCAUCCAGCGCUACAAGGAGACAUACGCCCGGCUGAACAUUGAGUUUGACGAGUACUCGGGAGAGUCGCAGGUGUCCGAGGAGGCCAUGGCCGCGACGGCCGCCAAGCUCGUCGAGAUGGGUGUCGCGGAGGAGUCCGAGGGCGCCCUGAUUGUCGACUUCUCAAAACACAUCCCCGGCAAGCCGGGCAAGUCUCUCGAGAAGCCCAUCAUCCGGAAAAAGGACGGCACCGCCCUGUACCUGACCCGCGACAUCAGCGAGCUGCUGCACCGUGCCGAGAAGUACCAGUUUGACGAGAUGAUCUACGUCAUUGCGUCGCAGCAGGACCUGCACGUCAAGCAGUUCUUCAAGAUUGUCGAGCUCAUGGGCCACAAGGAGCUCGCGGCCAAGUGCAAGCACAUCAACUUUGGUCUCGUCCUGGGCAUGAGCACCCGCAAGGGCACAGUCAAGUUCCUGGACGACAUCCUGCGGGACGUCGGCGACUUCAUGCACGACGUGAUGCGCAAGAACGAGGACAAGUACAAGCAGGUCGAGAACCCGGAGAAGGUUGCCGACAUUGUGGGCAUCAGCAGUGUAAUGGUGCAGGACCAGAGCGGCAAGCGUAUCAACAACUACAAGUUCGACAUGGAGACAAUGACCUCGUUCGAGGGCGACACGGGCCCUUACCUGCAGUACGCGCACGCCCGCCUGUGCUCGAUCACGCGCAAGGUGAACCUGAGCAGCGAGGAGCUCGCGGCCGCGGACCUGUCGAUCCUGACCGAGAGCCACGCGACGCAGCUGGUGCGCACGCUGGCGCAGUGGCCCGACGUGGUGCAGAACACGCUCAAGACGCUCGAGCCCACGACCAUCCUCACGUACCUGUUCAAGAUGACGCACUCGCUCUCCUCGAGCUACGACCACCUCAAGAUUGUCGGCUCCGAGCCCGAGGUCAUGAAGGCCCGCAUGGCGCUGUACGACUCGGCCCGCAUCGUGCUGAGCAACGGCAUGCGCCUGCUGGGCCUGACCCCCGUGGAGCGGAUGUAG